AUGGCGGUGGAAUCUCAGAACUGGCAUUACAGGGCAACGUACAAUGAAUCUGUGGUUAAUGCCUUGAAGGAAGGGUACGGGGAUAGCAAGAUUUAUGAUGAGGCAGUUUCAUAUAACUACAUGAACAUCCAAGGGAUGCCAAGUGGUGGGAUGAGAUGCAAGUCGUGUAACGUAAAGGAGGUUGCAGUCUUGCUUGUGCCUUGUAGGCACUUGAGUUUGUGUAAAGACUGUGAUGUGUUCACUGGUGUUUGUCCGCUUUGUCAGUCUUUGAAAACUUCUAGCAUUCAGGUCUUUAUCUCAUGA